AUGGAAGAUGAUAGCGGAUUUCGAUCGUUAGAUAGCUCAAUAAAUGAGACUGGAAUACGAUCUAACGAAAAUCUUCGUGAAAGUGAUUACGAAAAAUUGAAACCAGAUGGCUUGCGAAAAACUAAGCAUGGUAUAGACUUUCAGCUGGCUUUACAAAUUUUAGUGGCGAAUCGAGCUAAUUCAGACAAUUGUAAGUUUAUCAUGUCUAGCGAAGCAAAAGAGGCUCACAAUCUCGAUGAUUUAGUAAUAGACUAUGGCCAUAGAAUUAUAUUUGUACAAGCUAAGCAUGCGGCAGAAACAGUCGAUACUGAUAGCCAUUCAUCGAAUACUGCAAGUACUAGUAAAGAUUCGAAAAGGAAAGGAGUCGCUAGUAAAUCCUAUUCAAAGAAAGACUUUUUCUUAAAAAAUGAUCAAAAUGUCCGUUUAGCUGAUUUUUUUGAUACAUGGAUGAAAUUGAAAUCGAAAAAGGAGCCAUGGAAUAAUAUAUUAUCAGCUAAUAUAAAAGAUAUUCGAUGCAUGCUCUUUACCAAUCGAAAUAUAGAAGAUGGUGACGAGUAUUUAGAUGACGCAGAUGUUGACCCAGAUGACGAAUUUACAUUUGAAGAUUUUAAUACGAAAACCAAGAAAUUUAAACAAGGAGAAACUAGAGAAGAAUUUAAGCGAUCAAUACAAGCAUAUUCAGAGACAGCUAAGAAAUAUUCGAACAUCGUCAUAGACUGUGAUCCCGAAAGAAAUAAACUUAUAAUUCCAAAAGAUGAAAAUUUAAAGAAAAGGCCUAGAGUCGAUGAAGAAGCAGCAAUCAAAGAAGCUGCUCUCAAAUUGAGCAAAAAAUUGAUGAACGUAAACAAGAAUAGUAAAGAGAUUAGACUUGCUCCUCCUGAUAUUUCUUUUAAAGCUUUGGCUUUGGUUAACAGCCUUAAAACCACUUACAUUACUGCGGAAGUUUUUAAAAAAGCAAUCAAUGUGCAUUUUAGUAAUGCACUUCGAUAUCACUUUCUCUCUCACACAAAGAAUUAUAUGGAAAAGUUUAAACAAUAUCCAGCAAUAGACAAUUUAAAGGUACAAGGUUUGCUGAACUUUUUAGAAGAUACUGGUAAGCCGCCUUUCAUUGCCUUGGUUACCGGUAUUGGAAUUAAGGCGAGAGUUUAUCAGACAGUAAAAUCUUACACUCAAGAAAAAAUCAAGGACGAUGAAUGGAUUUUUGUCGAAAUCGAUAAACUUUCGGUAGAAGAAUUAGACCUUAUACCGAAGAUUCUUAAAGGAAAUCUUACAAAAUUUAUAAUUAUAGAUUGUCUAGCUGGCUCGAAGAGCACACUAUCUCAACUUUUACAACCUAUUGUGAAAGAGGCAAAUGAUAGCAAGAAAAAACUAGUGUUGCUCUUGAAGGAUAAGCAGAAGCGCGAUUUAGAUAUUUUAUUACAUACUGACGAUGAUAACAACGAUAAUACUUUAAGCUUGCCAGAAUCAAUGGCGCUACCUUCAGGAAAAAAUGAUCAAACAACAGUAGAAGGUAAUCAAAAUCUUGAAGAAGGUGGAAGCACGAGUAUAAACAUUAAAGGGCUUUCAGGGAAUCAAAUUAAAUCUAUAUAUAAAACUGAUGAAAAUAAAUAUAUUGAUCUGGGCGGUAAAUUUUAUCAGCUUUCAAGAUUCAUCGAGGAUACCUCAUGCGAUUUAUCUUCGUUACUAUCAGACUUAGAUAAUAUGGGUACAAUUCGAAAAAGAUUGAACGAGAAAAGACCGGAAAGUAAGAUGGAACUAAAGAAGAAUAUUUACGUACCCAAUGAUGUGAUUGAAGGUGUACCGAUUUACGAUUUAGAAAACUUACUCACGAAAGUGACAGCUACACUCUUUCUAUUCAAAAAUAACAUUAGCAAAGAGCAGUUAGAGAAGAAAUGCAGUACAUGGUUUAAUAUAAAUUGCAAAGGUAAACUUCAAUCCGACGAGAAAAUUGGAUUUCAAUCCUAUGCGAAAAUAAUACAGGAAACAGAUUCGUCAAAACUGAAGAACGUAAGGUAUAUUUUAUUACGAAAUAUAUCGGAUACUGAUUUUUCUAACAACAAAAUUCAAGGUAAGCAAUUAAUCUGCAUCGGAGACUCUGAAAGUCUUAAAGAAAAAAAUAUUAUCUACAUAAAGCUGAAGUGCCGGGAUAGUACAUGUAGCAGUGUAACUAUCGAAGACAAUCCUAACAAGUUAAAACUGCACAGACCAUUGGACUACGACUUUAAAGAAAAUUCGGGAAAAUCAGCCAAUUCCGAUAAAGACAUGUUCAAGUUUAAUAACUUUUCAAUAUUAUUAGCAGAUGCUGGCCAUGGUAAAACUGCUUUUUGCUUGAAUGAAAGAUAUAAAUGGAAGGAGUACGAAGAUGAAAUUAGCUGGAGGAUUUUUAUUAGUUUACCUAAAAUUCAGCUAUCAUCAACUCCAAACCUGUUUUCCAUUUUUACUACUGCGGCAACAGGACAUGAAUGGGAAAAUUGGCAAUUGGAAAUUCUACAAGAAGAUAUGAAAAAGACAGGUAAAGUUUUUUUGCUGCUUGAUGCCUUUGAUGAAAUGAAAGACCAGGAUCAAAUUGAUAAUUUACGGUUAUGGCUUGACAUCAUUCCAUCAUCAACAUCUAUCUUGAUAACUACGAGACCUUAUGCGAUUAAAGACAUCGAGCUACCCAAAUUUCAUCAAUUGGUAAAAUAUUUUCGAUUACAACAAUAUAAUAAACCGCAGCUUAAAACAUAUAUCAAGAGAUAUAUAGAGAAGAUUUGGAAUGAAGAGAAUAAUGAUAAAGGAUUGCAGCCAAAUCAAAAUGAAAUUGUCAAUGCAGAAAAGCUUACAAUAUAUUUUGAAAAAUACCUUCCAUGUGACACUAUUUCAACUAAAACACGAUCUACUUAUACGCUUGUAUUGGGAACUGCCUUUACAAAUACAUUAUUAGCACAAGCUUUUAAGCAAGUUUCUACUUUGAAUGAUGAUGUUAUUAGUAAUCUUUUCGAUAAAAUCCAAAAUGUAAAUGAAACAACCGAGGAAUUACCAAACACAGGCUUUGUGUUAAAUGCUGAUAAUUUAGAGCAAAAUCUUCAAUUUCUUCAUGACACAUAUAAAGACUACCUCGCUGCAGUAUUUUUCAUCAAAGAUAUUCUGCUUACAGAUUAUUUUCCUGACACAAUUAAACAGUGGAUAAAAAAGUGUUUAUAUCAUCCUAAUUACAGAUUGUUCUUCAGGUUUGCUGCGCAAGUGAGUAUUGAUAAAGAAUCGAUAAUACCAAAACUUGAUGAAAAACGAAAAGUCGUUAUACUGAGGUUGUGGGAGCUAAUAACUGAAAAGAUUGAUAUUAUGGGAGCGGGUUCCCGUAAACUAUUCCACGAUUGCUUAUACGAAUAUACGAAAGAACAAAUUGAACAGUUAAAAUCCUAUUUAGCGGAAAAUGAAUGGGCGACUGAACUUAUAAAAUAUAUCAAUGAAUAUCAAACGAAUUAUAUCGAAGAUAGUCAAGGAAGUAGUCAAAAUAGCGAGGAAGAAACUGAAAACGAAGAAGUCACAGAAUUAUCGCUACAGCUGUAUAACAGUAAUAUAACUCCGGUGAACCAGAAAAAAGAGACGGAAACAACUGGCUUUACAGAUACAAGUAUAGAUAUUGAAAGCCUACACGAUAAAAAUUUUGUUUAUUCUUACACAUUACAUAAAUUAACGCUAUGCAAAGCAGAAGAUUUUACUUCGAAGUUUGAAAUAGUUAUUAAAGAACACGAAGGAAAUCCUGACUAUUGGGAUAUCGAUGGUGGCUUUGUAGCUAUGGCAUUACUGGGUGAGGCUUUUACGCAAACUCUAGCAAAUUAUUUUAUAGCCAGAGUAGAUUCGAAUCCGAGUUGGCGAUUUAAGAAUGCAUUUUGGGCCAUUGACUCUUUGUAUGAUACACUGCAUAGGCUAGUUACACCAGAUAGAGAAAUAGAAGCCAUGAACGCAUGCCUUAGCGUUAUUCCAUAUUUCAUAAAGCAUUUCAAUACUAUAGAAGAUGAUGAUCAAUUAUGUAAACAAGUGAGAAAACUUCUGCGAAGAGCACAGAAUAAUAUUUUUCAGAACUUCUUUCAGUUGAAAACUAAAGUUUCCGAUAUGCACCGGCUACAUUCCAAAGAUUUAUUAAGUAUUUUGCUAUCAAGAAACGAGCUGAUAAACGAAUUUGGAGCUACAAUCCUGCAAGCGCUAUUCUGGAUAGCUUCGGAAUUAGAAUUUGCAGUCACAGAAGAAGAGAAUGAUAAAAGAUUAUUUUCAUUUUUAAAGAAAAAAUUUUUUCAUUUAAGCUUAGAAAUACCUAAGGACGACAAUGAUAGGAUAGCAAGUAUUUUUGACAUACUACAAAAUUUCCUAUUAGAAAAGCUGAGUAAAGAAUCUAGCAAUAAGCAGAAAGUGCUGGGUGAGAAAGAAAAGUGGCAAUUUUUAGGUAACUCCCAUGAGGAAAAAAUAGAGGACUUCACUUUUCGGUUACUACGCGAUGUUCAGAAAGGACAUGCACACUUUAAAUGGAUUAAAGAGUUCCUUUCUGAUGGCGAAAAGACAGCGAAAUUAUACAAAAUUUUGCAUCGACACAAAUUAAUAACAGAAGAAAUUGCUAAUCAGCUAUUAAUACAUUGUGAAUUAUAUAUAACUGAAGGUAGAAAGCUCGAUAGAUGGCCUGCUGAUGGCGGUAUACAAGCUGUAGCCUAUGUAGGGAAAUUUUUUAAUGAAAGAUUCUCUAAUUUCCUAGUUGCUCGUGCGAAAAUGUGGUAUAGCUUUCGUAAAAAUCAACGACGCAGUAACCUUUUACUAGCUAUCAGGGCCUUACAAAAGAUUGAAAAAACUCUGCAUGAUAGCUCAGAUAUCGACGAUUCCCAUCAGACAGCUCUAGAAUCUUUAAGUAAAUGUCGAGAUAAACUUCCCAACUUAGAUAAAGUUACAGAAAGAGAAUUAGAGUUUAUAAUGCCCUUUUAG